AUGGACGCCGGAGACAGGAUCAGCGACCUCCCCGAUGAACUGCUCCACCAUGCCAUGUCCUUCUUGCCGGCAAGGGACGUCGUUCGCACGUGCGUGCUGUCGACUAGGUGGCGUCACCUAUGGGUGUCCAUGCCGUACCUCAGUGUCGACACCGGGGAUUUCAUCAACCAGAGAAGCUUCAUCAAGUUUGUGACUUCGUUGCUUCUGAGUCGUGGUUGCGGACCUCUGGAUUCGUUCAGACUGGAUGCCAAUGGGCCUGGCAUCUUUCUUGAAAAUUUCCGUGACACUGCCUGCCUGUGGAUCUGCCAUGCCCUGAGGAGCAAUGUUCAUACACUAAGCAUUAUGGAUCACGAGUUGAAAGAGGAAGGGGAAGGGGAAAGCGAAGAGAGACCUGAUGCCUUCUGGCUUGGCCACUGUCCCUUCAUGUCAUUGUACUUGAAAAAAUUGCAUCUCCGUGGUGUUAGCGUGGACAAAUGCUUUGCGAAGAAUCUAUUUUCUGGCUGCACAGCAUUGGAAGACCUAGAUAUGAUAAACUGUGUGAUCCUUGCCACCGAAUUUUCCUCCACCACAUUGAAGAGGCUGAGCAUUGACUAUCAUGGUUUCUGCCGCAGUGAAGGGUAUGACUAUGAAGACAUUGUGAUAAACAUGCCUAGUCUCAUCUCACUUCACAUUGGAGCACUUUGUGCAAUGCUGUCUCUUGUGGAUGUUCAGUCAUUGAUAACAGCCUCAGUUUGCUUGGAUGAUCAGAAUGCAACAUUUGCUGGUGCUUGCAACAUUCUUGGUGCUCUUUCAAGUGUGAAGAACUUGGAGUUGCUGUUUCCAGUGUGUGUGCUUUUUGGUAGUGAACAUUUUGCAUUGUGUCGUAGUAUUGCUGCUGUAGAUUGCCCAUUCAAAGAAACAAUGAGACGAUUCCAAUGUGAAAAGCUCAAGAAAGUUGAAAUCAUCUGCCCACAGGGCGACCGAAGGGUGGGAAUGCUGGUGACAAUACUUUUGACCAGAAUAAUAUCACCCCCUGAAAUUAGUGUUAAGCCAUCUCCAGAUAUUCCAUGGAAUACUGCCUAUUUUUCCUACAAAUGGACGAGUUUGGGCUAG